ACUUUGCUAUGGAUCGCAGAUCCGUCAUGGCCCUAGCAAAAGCUAAGGCGAAAGAGGAAAUGGCCGCAAAGGAGCCCGCGAAGGUGGCUGCUGCGAGCGGCGUUCCAUCAAAUGCUGAUGCGGCGAAGAAGCCGCCAACCCAGCCGAAGAAGAAGCGGCCUGCUGAUGACGACCAGAAAAAGCUUACUGAGGCCGGCAUGCAAUCAAAGAAGUCGAAGAGGGCUUCCCCUCUCACCGAUGCUGGUGCCGGGUGUGUGGCCAUACCGGAUGACGAUGACGGGGGCUCUAGUGUCGUUGACGUUGUGGACGUGGUUUCGGUUCCUUCCUCGGCGAUCCUAUCUCAGUCGCCGCCUACCGGCCAAGAGCCCCGGAAGCAAAGGGCCGAAAAGGAGCUAGCCGGCGGGACUUACAAGCUCGAGAUUGAGUAUCCCGUGAAGGGUGGCAUCUUCAAUGACGCCGUUGACGGCCAUGAAGUCCUGGCCCAGGCUGUCCCGGUCGAGGAUCGGGCUUAUCUGAAGAAGCUGGGUGCCGUCAGGAUUUACGAUGGCGGCAUGGACCUCAUCGUCCAAGGUGCUCUCAUGCUGAUGGAGAGCCACAAAAGGCAGGAGCAGGAGAUUGCCCGGUUGAGGGAAGCCGAGAAGAAAGCCGCUUCGGCUGAGGAGGCCAUGGCCUGCCUGGACCGGCUUCGGGAGGAAGUGAAGGCCCUCCAGAAGGGUGUUGAUGAGGCCGAUGUGGCCUACCGGCAGGUAGCGGCUGACCGGGAUGACGCUCUGAGGGCUAGGGAUGAAGCCCUUCGAAGCCGUGAUGAGGCCCUGCUUCGGGCCGAAGACGCCGCCAGGGCUCAGGCUGAUUCUGAGAGGGCCACUGAGAAGGCCGUUGAUGGCGCCAUCGAGAGGUUCCUGACCGAUGGCUGGAAGGACGAUGACCACCGGCCCUGGUGCUAGGAAGUCGUGGCGGACCGGCUCAAAGAUUGGGGCCAGAACUGCCCUGCUGGCCAAGCAUACUUUGCUCGAGAGAUGGCCGUCUACUAUGAUAUGGGUCAGCAGAGGAUGCAACGGCUACUAUACCGGAGGCUGCACCGGGCGUUCAAGAAGCUGAAGUUCACCAAGAAGUGGGCUAAGAAGAACCUGAAGCUUCCCCGGCUGAUGAAGGAUCCUGAGGCCGAAGCGAAACUCCCCUCAUCCGAGAGGCACGAUCCAGUGCUCAGCUCUUCUAUUGGUUCGCCCAUCUAUUCCGAUGAUGAUGCUAUGACCGAUACUGUCGUCUCCUCAGCAGGUGAGGCCGGUGAGGGUGCCAGGACGGAGGAGGUCGAAGCGGAGCGGGUGGCCGAUGAGACCGUUCCCGAGAGUUGAUCGGCUGCAUAAUCUUUUUGUAAUUUAGUUAGGCUGUUUUAACGCCCCUUUUGUAAUGGUCG